AUGUCGAGCGACGCAGAGCACCCCAAUGCACCCGGCCUCAUCGCCCCCUCGACCGGCCACUCGCCCUUUGUCCGCGUCGCGCUCCCCACCAACUUCCCCACGACCUCGCUCUUCGCCCAGAGCACCUCGGCGUCGCCGUACGUCACGGACCAGCCCCGCUCCGCCCUCAACUCGAGCUUUGGCGGCGCAGACUACCUCCCGCCGAGCGCGAGGCCCAGAGGCGGCGACGCGCCGGCACCAUCGGCGGCGGCGGCGGGUGGAGCGGGCAAUGCAGGGCAGAAGGCGGCCGGUGGACCGGCGCAGGGUGAGCCGCGGGGCCAGACGCUCGAGGAGAUGUACUCGGCGCCGGAGAACACGCUCGAGAUCGAGGUGCGCGACCCGAGGACUCAAGAGUUUGGCCGCAAGAUGUACACAGACUACGAGAUCGUCUGCCGGACCAACAUACCCGCCUUCCGCGUCCGCUACUCGUCCGUCCGCCGGCGGUACUCGGACUUUGAGGCGUUCCGCGACAUCCUCGAGCGCGAGUCGCAACGUGUCAACAUCCCGCCAUUGCCCGGCAAGGUCUUCAGCGGCAGUCGGUUCUCGGACGAGGUCAUCGAGCAACGGCGCGAGGGUCUCGAGCGGUUCCUCCAGAUUGUCGCCGGCCACCCUCUCCUCCAGACGGGCAGCAAGGUUUUGUGCGCCUUCCUCCAGGACCCGAGCUGGAGCGCUGCAAACUACUGA